AUGGAGACUCCGGCAGAAGAUCAAGCACCAGUUAUACAUUUAUCACGACAAGAAAUGGAUACCCCCAUGACCGAUCGGGAAGGAACUGUACAAUUGACACGACGGGAACUGCAACAAAUGAUGGAAGAAGCGGGGAGAAAGGCCCUGGUAGCAUAUGAGAGGAGAACAGCAACUCCGUUAGAAAGGGAGGUGGCGGGAAAAAGGUUGUUUCAGGAAGGAGUCGAUGGGCGAGAUAACGAGGGAAUGAGUAGACCGGGAGCGAAUAAGAAGGGCCCACUGCCUUCUGAUGUUGGGUCCAGCAGCAGGGCUUUAAGUCGCCCCAGAGGGCCAGCCAUAUCUCGAGCUGAGGUAGAUAACGUUAGUAAGCAGAUAGCCUUGCUAGGAAAGCAAAUUGAUGAACUCAAGAAGAGGGGAGAAAUAGUAGCCCACAAUCGUAAUUCACCCUUCGCUAACCGGAUACUUAUAGAAAUGGUUAAUCCGAGUUUUAGGAUGCCCGAUCUCUCAAAGUAUGAUGGAACACGGGAUCCUCAAGAACAUCUAGCCGCUUUUGAUAUGGUAAUGAAUUUGUAUGGACAGUCAAGUUCCAUAGUCGCCAAAUUGUUUGUUACCACGCUGACAGGAAAGGCCCAAGAAUGGUUUACGAAUUUGCCCCCAGGCAGUAUAGAUUCGUAUGAGCAACUGGUACAAAAAUUUGCAUUUCACUUUGCAAGUAAGAGAAAACAAAAAAGAUCUGCUACGCACUUGUUUACUAUUCGGCAAGGGGAAAACGAAAGUUUAAAAAGUUUUAUGGGACGCUUUAAUAACGAAACGUUGGAGGUGCAGGAUCUUAGGAUAGAUAUGAUGACUAGUAUCCUUAUUCAUGGGUUGAAGAAAGGGGUUUUUGCAUCUGCUUUAGCGAGGGACCCGCCGAUAGAUACGGAGCAGUUGAUGGCGAUGGCACAGAAAUACAUCGACGAAGAGGAGAUGAAUGCUAUGAAAGAUGAGGAAUGGAGAGUUACAUCAGAACGAGCCAGGGAUGGAAGAUACAGCAGAGAUCGUGACAGGCGACCCAAAAAUGAGAAAGAAAAGGAGCCACCUUAUCAGUCGAAAUAUAGUAAGUAUACUCUUUUAAACAUGACUAGGGCUAAAGCUCUCAUGUUGGUAAAAAAAGAUAAUGUAUUGAUCUGGCCGAAGCACACCAGGAUUACUCCAGCUAAAAGGUACUCGAACAAAUAUUGUCGUUUCCAUCGGGAAAAAGGACAUGAUACAGAGGAAUGCUAUCAGUUGAAAGACGAGAUAGAGCGAUUGGUCCGACAGGGGUACUUCAGAAGACAGAAUUUUCAUAAUUUCGAAGAGAGGAGGCGUGAUCGAAGAGGUAGGUCGAGAAGUCGGGAACGCCGACCGAAUUGGGCAACUGAAAGAGAGAACCGGACAGUGGGAGGAAACGCGCCUGUGAAAGGCAUUAUCCACACUAUCGCGGGUGGAUCGGAGGGAUGGUCGAGAAGGGCUAGAAGGAGGUUUGAAAGAGAGAAUAGGCAGGAACGACGCAAGCAAGGUGUAAAUAUGACAGAUAACCCAGAGAUCGUGUUUGGAGAUCGGGAUGCGGGUGCAAGGCUAGUGACAGACAAUGAUCCGAUGGUAAUAAGAAUGGAUAUAGCAAAUUUCACAGUACACAAGGUUUUAAUAGACAAUGGAAGUUCCGCAGACAUAAUUUUCAAAGGAGUGCUGGAUAAGAUGGGACUGGAUAAUGUACGACUGGAAUCAGCAAGCACACCGUUGGUCGGGUUUGGAGGAGGUGAGGUCGCGUCACUGGGGACGGUGGAUUUACCUGCAUCCUUGGGUGAGGAGCCAAAUCGUAGAACGUUGAUGGUAAAAUUUUUAGUUGUUGAUAUGCCUUUUGCGUAUAACGUUAUCUUGGGGAGACCUGGACUUAAUUCUUUCAGGGUCAUUGUGUCAACAUAUCACCUCAAAAUGAAGUUCCCUACGCAAUCGAGAAUAGGAGAGGUCAUGUGCGACCAAAUUGAGGCUAAAAGAUGCUAUAAUCUGUCUCUGGGAAAGAGCGAGAAUAAAGAAAAGAGAAAACUCCAUGGAGUAAAGAAAGAAGAAUGGCACGCAUUGAAGGCAGGGCGGUUAGAACCUGUUGGACAUAAAGAAGUGGAAUUGAUACAAGAAGACCCAUCGAAGACCACAAAGAUAGGGCCCAGCUUAGGUCAGUUCGAAGGGGUCAUGAUCGCCUUCUUGAGAAGCAAUGUCGAUAUUUUUGCGUGGGAUCCAUCAGACUUCCAGGGUAUAAAUCCAGAGGUGAUAGUACACAGGCUAAACGUUGACCCUUCCAUGCGACUUGUUCAACAGAAGAAACGAACCUUUGGAGGUGAGAAAAAUGCCAUCAUCGAGGGAGAGGUAAGUAAGUUACUUAGAGCAGGAUAUGUGUCCGAAGUUCAGUACACGGAUUGGCUAGCUAAUGUGGUGCUGGUUCCAAAGCCGGGAGGUAAAUGGAGGAUGUGCACAGACUUCACAGAUCUUAAUAAGGCGUGCCCAAAAGACCCAUAUCCCUUGCCGAGGAUUGAUAUUCUAGUGGAUUCAACAGCUGGGUAUAAAAUCUUUUCUAUGAUGGAUGCGUAUCAGGGGUAUCAUCAAAUUUAUAUGGCUACAGAAGAUCGAAUAAAGACCUCUUUUGUGACUGAUCGCGGUAUUUUUUGCUAUAAUGUUAUGCUUUUUGGAUUGAAAAAUGCAGGGGCUACAUAUCAGAGAUUGGUGAACAAGAUGUUCGCUUAUCAAAUCGGAAAAACCAUGGAAGUGUAUGUGAACGACAUGCUGGUUAAAAGUCAUAAACCUGAUGAACACUUGGAGCAUCUGAAGAUAGCCUUUGCGAUCAUGAGAGAACAUGGGAUGAAGCUCAAUCCCAACAAAUGCACAUUCGGCGUUGCGGGAGGCAAAUUUUUAGGUUAUAUGGUGAGCGAGAGGGGAAUAGAGGCAAACCCCGAGAAGAUAGAGGCCAUAUUGAACCUGAAAUCACCCACAUCCAUCAGAGAGGUCCAGAAAUUGACAGGUAGGAUCGCAUCUCUUAAUCGCUUUAUUUCUAGAUCUGCAGACCGCAAUUUACAUUUCUUUAAGAUAUUGAGAAAAGUUAAAGGGUUUGAGUGGACCGAGGAAAGCGAGCAAGCCUUCCAAGAAUUAAAAAGUUAUUUAAAGUCCCCACCUCUAUUAGCUAAUCCCAGAGAAGGAGAUAUAUUGUAUCUCUAUUUGGCUAUUUCGGAUAAUGCGGUCAGUUCUGUAUUGGUAAAAGAAAAAGGGAAAAUUCAGAACCCUGUAUAUUAUGUGAGCAAAAUGCUACAAGGUGCAGAAACCAGGUAUGCUGAGAUAGAAAAGUUGGCACUAGCUGUAGUCGUGACUGCCAGGAAAUUGAGGCCGUAUUUCCAAUCGCAUCAAAUAGUGGUAAGGACAAAUCAUCCCCUCAGAAAUAUCCUGACGCGACCAGAAGCCUCUGGUAGAAUGAUAAAAUGGGCGGUCGAACUGGGGGAGUUCGACAUCUCUUAUCAGAGUCGCACAGCGGAAAAAGCUCAGAUUUUAGCUGACUUUAUGAUAGAAAUAUCUGGAACACCAGAGGAUCCAGGAACAUGGAUGUUGCACGUGGAUGGAUCCUCUACUGCUAACAAUGGAGGAGCAGGUAUACUCAUAGAGGGGCCAGGAGCUACAACAAAUAAUGAAGCUGAGUACGAAGCUUUGGUCUUGGGAUUAGAGCUGGCAUCUGAAGCAGGAGCCCAAGUCUUGGAAGUCUACACAGAUUCGCAGCUAGUGGCUAUGCAAAUUGAAGGGACGUAUGAAACUAGGGAAAAAUCUAUGACGGAAUAUUUGAAGAAAACAAAGGAACGGAUGCAGAAGUUCUCUAAAUGCACUAUCCAACAAAUUCCGAGGAAUGAAAAUGAAAGAGCCGAUGCCUUAUCGAAGCUGGGAGCCACAUUGGCAGGGAUAAAAGACAGAAAGAUAACAGUAAUGAUAAAGGAGCGAUCUGCGAUCUCAAAAGGGACUGAAGCUAAUAUGGUUACCUUAAAGUGCUUGUGGAUUGAAGAAAUCACAGCAUAUCUCAAAGAAGGGGUAUUACCUACUGACCCCGGGCAUGCACGACGUAUAAAGUUCAAAGCUCCGAGAUUCGCAUUAGUAGGUACGCAGUUGUAUAAAAGGACAGUAGAAGGACCUCUACUCAAAUGUUUGGAAGAUCCUCAGGCUAGAUAUGUUCUGCAAGAAGUUCACGAAGGUAGUUGUGGGAAUCAUUCUGGGGCCAGAUCGUUGGCUCAAAAAAUAUCCAGGCAGGGCUAUUUUUGGCCAACGUUGAUGAAGGAUUGCAAGGAAUUUGUACGAAGGUGUGAGAAGUGCCAGAAGUUUGCUUCACAGAUUCACACUCAGGCAGUACCAAUGACCCCUGUUUCCAUUACUUGCCCAUUCGACCAGUGGGGUAUAGACAUAUUAGGACCCUUCCCUCAAGCUCGAGGCCAAAAGAAGUUUGUAAUAGUGGCAGUAGAGUAUUUUUCUAAGUGGGUGGAAGCAGAGGCUGUCUCAAGAAUCACUGAAAGGGAAGCCAUAAACUUCAUAUGGAAAAACAUAGUGUGCAGGUUCGGAAUACCCAGGGUAUUGAUAUCUGAUAAUGGGACACAAUUCCAGGGCAGACAGAUAACUGCAUGGCUUCGAGAAUUAAAGAUACGGCAAAACUUCACAGAAGUAGGGCAUCCCCAGUCGAAUGGCCAAACAGAGGUAACGAACAGAAUUAUAUUACAACACUUGAAGGCCAGGUUGAGCUCGAAGAAAGACUGGAGUGAUGAACUUCCAAGAGUAUUAUGGGCAUAUAGAACGACUCCUAGAACUUCAACAGGUGAAACCCCUUUUUCUUUAGUUUAUGGUUCUGAAGCUGUAAUUCCUGCAGAAAUAGGAGAAGAAUCACAGAGGAUCGAGAGCUUUGACCUUGUGAAGAACAAAGAACAGCGAGCAUUCGACCUGGACAUAGUAGAAGAAAAAAGGGAUGCAGCACGGAUGAAGAUGUUGCAUCACAAAAGCUUGAUGCUGAGAGGUCAUGACAAGAAUGUCAAACCCAGGUCGUUGCAGGUCGGGGACCUAGUAUUGAGAAAGGUCGAGGUGUCAAAACAUGUUGGGAAGCUCGACCCCAACUGGGAGGGACCUUUCAAAGUCAUUGAGAUCGUUGGAAAAGGGACAUACAAGUUGCAGGACGCUCAAGGCAAGGAAUUACCACGACCGUGGAAUAUUCAAAAUCUUAAGAGAUUCUGUGUUUAG